AUGAAUCAGAGGAUUGAAGUUUUUGAGGCUGAGGGGUAUAAUCAAGCAGAGUUGGAAUCUGAGAAUGAAAGAUUGAGGGAAGAGAGAAGGACCAAGAAGAGGAAUGACCCAAUAAGUAGUGAGAGCGAAGAAGGAGAGUUUGAGAUUGGGGUCAAUCAUGGAGAAGAGGAAAGUGAUGGCUCUCCAAGCGAAGAAGGAGAAGAGGUUAAUCAAGAUAUUGAUGAGGAUAACCAAGAUGAGCCAAUGGAGGAGGCUGAGCCACAAGAAGUGGAGGAUGAACUCCCCAUGUUUCAAGAGCACUACAAUGCUCUCUUCUCUAUGGACUUUGUGGAGACCAAGUACCCACAUGAUGAUACAAUGAAGGCGCUUGGGAUCUUCAAGGAUGUGGAGCUAGUGCUUAAGAACAUGCACUUGGCCAAGUUCUUCUCUCAUCGCAUGGAAUCAUACAAGGAGCUCACUUGUGAGUUAUUGGCAUCGAUGAGGAACCAUUGGGAUAUCAAGGAGAAUGAGCUCCAAAGUGUGUGGGCUACAAUCGCUGAAGGUGAGUUCUCUUCUUUAAGAUCCAAGGCUGCUCAGAUAAGGAGUCCUGUGCUGAGAUAUGUGCACAAAGCCUUGCCAACACCUUCUUUGCAAGGAAAGCAACAGGGACAAUCAAUGAAGGAGAAGUCAAGCUACUUGACAUGGGGAUUAAGCCCAUCAUCUCACGCACCAGGGAUGGAAAGAAGCUCAGAGGAGAUAGAGCACACGCAGGAAACCUCAUUCCCCUCUGAUGGCUACAUCUAG